AAUUUUCUAGGCGUUGUACUCUUCUCAUCGGCGGUUUAUUUUGCGGAAGCUGGAAGCGAAAAUUCCUUCUUCAAGUCCAUACCCGAUGCAUUUUGGUGGGCUGUUGUCACCAUGACAACCGUUGGAUAUGGUGACAUGACGCCGGUCGGAGUUUGGGGAAAAAUUGUGGGAUCACUGUGUGCCAUUGCUGGUGUCUUGACAAUCGCUCUACCGGUACCGGUUAUUGUCAGUAAUUUCAAUUAUUUCUAUCACCGUGAAACGGAUCAAGAGGAGAUGCAGAGCCAAAACUUCAAUCACGUUACUAGUUGUCCAUAUUUACCUGGUACAUUAGGUCAACAUUUAAAGAAAUCAUCGUUGUCUGAGUCCUCAUCAGAUAUGAUGGAUUUGGAUGAUGGUGUCGAAUCAACGCCGGGACUGACUGAUACGCAUCCUGGUCGUUCGAUGGUUCCAUUUUUGGGAGCCACCCAUCAACAUUCUCAUAUAGCUCCAACAACGGCCUCGUGCGCCACCGCCGCCGCUGGCGUCGCCAAUAAUACGGCGGCGUCUGCUAUAACCACAACCCUGCCAGCAACGCCUCAGCAACAAACGCCAGACAAACAGCAGCAGCAGCACCCGCAGCAACAACACCAGUUGCCACAUCAGCAGCAGCAGCAACAACAAAUCCAGUUGCAAAAUGGCUAUAAACAAUCUGCCAUCAGUGUUACCAGCAGUGGUAACAUCCAGACCCAUAGGCAUAAUAAUGCUUUGGCCGUUAGUAUCGAAACCGACGUUUGACUACUGGUAAAAAAGACGUUACGUGCGAUAUUUUGGCCUUGUACAAUACGUUGGAUGCCAGAAACGACUACCAAAGCUGUUUAAACCAAAAAAAGAACAAAACAAAAAAAUAAUAAUUUAUGCAAAUAUUUAAUUUUAAGUAGUAAUUU